AUGACUGGCGACACCCGUGACGCGCCAAUCAUCAUCGACACCACCGACGAUGCCGGCGAUGACUCGGACGAGGAUGACAGCGAGGAUCUAGAUAAUGACGGGGCACACGAUUUUGUACAGACAUUGCUCGCGCAGGCGGGACAGGCGAAAAACACGCGUCUCGAUGAGGUGACUGCCAACUUUGAGCUUGAUCGGCUCAACGACCCCGAGUUAUGGCGGAUGUGCCAGCGUUUCUAUAAGCUCCGCGGCAUGGAGGGCCAGACCCCUAGUCGGGAGAUUGAAAUCGAUGGCCUCAAUAUCUCUCUCAAGCCGCACCAGGCAUUCGCUGCGUUCUACAUGCUUCGGUCGGAGAGAAGGCGUCAUGGGGGGUUCCUUGCAGAUGAAAUGGGUCUGGGAAAGACCAUUACUACGCUUGCCGUCUGCGUCCUCUCCCGGUGGCUCACUAUCGCCCACGAGGCGGUGGCUCGAUACCGCGAGGAUCCCGCUGGAGGCCAUCCCCCUCACCUACCGGAAGGAACCCUUUCCAGUGACCCAGCCGAUUGCCCGAGUGCCCACCUCCUCCCCAUCUGUUGUCCGUGUAUCGAGAUGGGGCCCUCGAUUGCAAUAAAGCCGCUCGCGUGGCCGACCCUGAUCUUGGUGCCCGCACAGCUCCUCCGGAACUGGGGGCAGGAGUGGAACAAGGUGGUGAACACAGGUCACCCUCGCCUGCAGAUGACCCUUCUUGUUGGCCACCGCGACAAUCGGGCAUUGCAACGGUCCGACGUUCGGUCUUGGGAGACAUUGGCGCAGAACAAUCCCAGCCACCAUAGCCUCCGCUUUGCGCGUGCCCGUGAGUUAGCUGGCGCAUUGGCGUGGCAGAAGUUGUUGGGGACAGGGGACCGUCAGCUCUGCCCAAGGGACCAGGAGCUCAUCCAGGAGUGGAUGGACGCAAAGGAUCGGCGGUUCCCCCGCGAGCGAUCCCAGUUAUGGACGGGGAAUUGGGGCAAGGAUUGCCUCGUGGUCCUUACCACUCCUCAGUCGUAUGGCACCCAGGUCGCCGACGCCCUGAAUUGCGAAGCCACGGUGGAGGACGCAUCCGAUAGAAGUAAUGCGACGGGAUCGGUGUGCGGUGCCCUCUGGGGACGUGCCUUUCGGGAUGAGUGCCACCAGGAGCGCAAUGAAGCCAAAACAUACGAGGUCCUUAAGGGCUUCCGAGGGGGGGACCCGGUUGUGGUUUCUGUCCGGGACGCCGCGUGGAAGGACAUCCCCGAGCUCGCGCGCUGCUCGCGCGCUGACUUUGAAGAACUGGGACGGCAAUUUAUCUCCGCGCGCGACCACAGGCGCACCGCUAUGGUCGUGUCGGAAUUCCGGCGGCGGCUCCAGGCGCUGGGCUUUAUUCGGCGCACCGUCAGUUCCAAAUGGUUUGGCAGUGACCUCCUUACCCUUCCCGAGGCCGAGAGGCAGGACAUCGCCUGCGCCCUCGACCCAGCCAUGCGCCGCGCCUUCCGAAUGGAGCUCGAGCAAGAGUACAGGCAGACCCAGACACGCACCGUCGGCAAGGCCACAAAUAUCCUCCAUCGACUCCGGCUGUUCACCACAUUCCCCGCGCUAGCGCAAGUGUCGCGGCAAGAGCACCUCCCGCUGACCCUGGAUGAUAUUAACCAGCAGCCCUGGGCCCACAAUCAAGGGGGAUCGUUCCGUACUUCCCCGUUCCAGCAACACCUCCGGUCCAUUCUCAAGGGAUCCGCCAAGUUUAAGCAGCUCUGCUCCCUAGUCCAAGGGCUCCAGCGGGAUUCCAAUGGUGAACACGCGAAGAUACUGGUCAUGUCCGAGUUUCCUGUCGCCGCUAUCAUCACGUACCUGGGCCUCGCCGAGGCGUUUCCGGAGAAGCACCCUGUCCUUCUUCUGUCGGGCCAGCCCCAGAGGAAUCAGCGAUACAUUGAUGCGUUUAAUGAGAUGAACACCGGGUCCGAGCGGUUCGUGGAAAACGCUCGCGGGCAGUUCGAUCGGGUGACAAGCCCUGGUGUUUUGGUCAGCACAACCCGUGUACUUGGCCUGGGUUUUACCUGUGUUCGCGCCUUCCAUGCCGUCCUCCUCGAGCCUAGCCUCCUCAAGUCCACCGAGGAGCAAGCAUUUGGACGGAUUCGCCGAAUUGGUCAGAUGAAUCGUCGUGUCUAUCAGGUCCGGCUGUUGACCAAAGACUCCGAGGUCGAAGGGCAGAUUGUUCAGCGGCAAGCCACUCGUCAAGAGCUCCAGUCCAGCCAUGCAAUGCCAGGCCAAACAUCGAGCUCGGAGAAACAAGAGCUGGGCGACAGCGGCCAAGAGUGA